AAUAAUAAUAAUGAUAUUCGCUCUGCGUUGAAGCUGUCAAAGUCAUUAUGCUGCAGAUAAAAAUAAAGAAGUUAGUCAAUCAUGAAUAUUUAAUUUAUUCCGGGAAGUCGUACAAAUGAUUAUGUUUACCUCUGGCACAUUUUUACAAAAGUUUUCGCCUUUGUUGUACGUCUGCGGGGGAUUAUUCGCAUCCAGAAUUUCAACCAAGCGAUCGAACUUAAGCGAGGGCUAAUCUAUUUUGAUUGACCAUCUACGAACAUAUGCAUUCAAGCAGAAGACACAUUACAAACACUUUCGAAGGAGACUUUUAAUAAUGGGAAAUAAGCAAGGAACUGCGUCCGUAUUUCAAGACGAAGAGGAUGAAGAAACGUGGUUUGAAUGGAUGGAAGCGACGGGUGAUCGUAGAAAUCAGAAAAGGUUGCCCAUUUCCCCAUGUUCUGAUCUACUGGCGGUUCAUGCGGUUCAACCGAUGUCUCUUACACCUGGCGUGACCGAUACGGCGAGAGAAGCAAAACAAAAAUACCGCAGUGAAGCAAAAGCUCUCAGUGGACUCUAUUUAGCUAGUGCGAAGAGAGAGAACAUUUCGGUCGACCCAUCGUUUCGCGGUGAUGCGAAGAAUAACAACUAUUUACCGAAAGUUAGAGAAGGCGAAGAAGACGAAUUGGACAUGAUGACGGUUGGCCAGGUGCUGCCAGAUUUCCCAGCCGGGGAAGUGAAUGUGUCUCUUUUUUUCGACAAAGCUACCAGCCGUCUAAAGGUAAACAUUGUAAAGGCUCGCAACCUCUGCUGCAAGGCCCGAGAGGGGAAGAGACAAGACCGAUGUGGCGUAAGUUGUUCAGAUUUGUAUAUAAACGUGCUCCUGUUGGAGGGACAAAAACAAUUGGAGUCACAUCGAACAUCGAAGAAGAAAGGAAGCACUGAUGUAUUCUUCUACGAAAAUUUUGCGUUGGACCUUACUUCUCUUGACGUACGUCAGAUAAUUUUGCGGUUGACCGCAAUGCAUUGUUGUAAAUAUGUAAUUAACGCUGAUCACGUGAUUGGUCACGUGGAUACGAACGACAAAUCAUGGGGUUCUUCUUUCAGCUCUCAUUGGGUAGAGGUAGUCACGUCUCCAGGAACGAACGUGAAUAGAUGGCAUACUCUAUGGUGUUAAAAAAGAAAAAAAAAAGAAACCAGAGAACACACCUUCUUUGAUGGCUCAACAUAUAAUAAGCGAGGAAGUCUUGCGAGUUGCUUUGUAUUUUUUGAACCCUUAGGGGAUUGGGAAAUACGAGCCAUGAGCAAUAUAUCCGUUCAUUUUAUAUGUUAAACCAUCGAAUAAGGUGUAUGUUGCUUAUUUUGUGCGGUCCGUUGCCCUAAUAUGGUAAAAUUUGCAUGAUGGUGCAAUGAGAAGUAGGCGUACGGCCUUGAUGAAACCGUUGUUAUAAAGACUACAAAAAAAAAGGAUAAAAAUAAGAAAGCAAGGAUAAAAAAAUCAGAAUGCGAGGAUAAAAAUAAGAAUGCAAGGAUAAAAAUAAGAAAGCAAGGAUAAAAAAAUCAGAAUGCGAGGAUAAAAAUAAGAAUGCAAGGAUAAAAAAUGAAAUUAAACACAAAUUGUGGCAAUCAAAAUAGAAUUAUUAAUUUAAAAACUUA